GUUUAUAGAAUGUUGCCUAUGAUAAUCUGACUGACAAGUUCUUUUCAAUACAAAAAUGGCUGCUGUGCAACAAAAUUUAACAAAAAUGGUCUCGGCGCAGCUACGCAACAAGGCAAACGAGUUUUUAAACUCCAGAAAACAUGCUAACAAUCUUGCCGAUAUACUGCAAAUGUUCGAGGCGGAGACGGACAAUUAUACGCCGCUUUUGCUCACAAUCGAAGUCAUAUUCACCGAACUACUGAAGCGGGGUGAUAUGAUCGAGGAAUUUGUGCCACUGAAGCCAGCAGACCACAGUCCAGAAGCGGAGUACACAAGAUGGCUGCGCACAUGCUACGAGUCGGCACUCACGCGCACUCUGAUCUGUAUAAAGAACGGUCGCACGAACUCACGUCUGCAAGCACUGGUGACCGCGUGCAAGCUGCUGCAGGCUGAAGGAAGACACCCACUAGAGCCCAGUAACGGAUAUUACUUCCCUGCGUUCAGGCUCAAG